GUGUCGACGACUCCCGUUGAAACUGAAGUUGUGCGUAAGACUGGGGAGGAGCAAAUGAACUCUAAAACAAUGAAACGUCAGUCUGACAAUGCAAUGAUGACGCUUCGCAAUGCGGUUGGUUCUCACCCUGAUCCUGGCGCAGAGAAGAAUGCUGAGGGGAGUCACUCAACAACGCCCCCUGUCCCUCUCUACUCUGAAGGAGCAGGCACAUUUUCAACUCUCAGUGAAGAGAAUGUUUUCCAUGAGGAUGAGGGUGAUAUGACUCCUCAAAAUACAGAUGAGUCUGCUGUUGAUUGCAGACACUGGGAUCAGUUUCGCAGAUAC